GAUGUGAUAAUAAAUGUAGGAGGAAAUGUUAUUAUGUUUUUAGAAAGACAAAAAAGAACAAAAGACAAAAUCUGACAGAAAAACCGCAUUUUUAUAUAUUAAUACAUCCAAAACUGUCAGAAUUCAGAACCACCCAACCAGCACGGUGCUCAACACAAAAACUAAACUAAACUAUAUUCAUUGAGAAGAAGAAGCUGAACAAGGAAACAAAGAGUAAUAAAUUAUUUCUCUUUUAUUUUUUGACUCUUUUUAUGAUAAUUUGAAUUUAAAGAGUAAUAAAUAUAAAAUUAAAAAAAAAAAAAAAGGAAAAAGCUUUUAGCUUUUCAGAUCCAAAUUUCUAAAAGAGACAUAUUCUACCUAUGAAAAUUAUUAUGUAUGGUAUGUAAAUUAAUCAAAUUUAUGGGGAUCCGAUCCAAUCCCACAAUUUAUUUUUUAAAAAUUAAGAAAAUUAAGGUAAGAAUUAAGACAUAUAUAUAUAAUUAUAGGAAGAAUGGUGGGAUAUGCUAAUGUGCGCUGAUUAGAAUAAUACGCCAUACGCGGUCGCACAGUCUUUCUAUAUCUAAUUUCACACUUAAGACACUGAGAGAGAAGAGAAGAGAAGAGUCAGUCCCCAAAAUCAAAUAAAAAUACUUUCUUUUUCUCUUUCUUAGUAGAAAAACCAAAGGAAAAUAUGAUGGAAGAGAAAGAUGAUUUGAAUGUGAAUCAUGUGAAUAUGAGUAGUAGUAGUGUUGUUAAUGGCGGAGUAAUUGGAGGAGGAACACCUGCAAUUCCUUAUGUGAAAGUGAUGACCGAUGCCCAACUCCAAACCCUUCGGAAGCAGAUUGCAGCCUAUGCCACCAUUUGUGAGCAACUAGUUCAGAUGCACAAGAACCACACUUCUCAACUUGACCUUUCAGGAGUUAGGUUGGGGAAUGUUUACUGUGAUCAAUUAAUGACUUCUUCUGGGCACAAAAUCACUGCCAGACAAAGAUGGACUCCAACACCUGUGCAGCUACAAAAUCUUGAGCGUAUUUUUGAUCAAGGCAAUGGAACUCCUACCAAGCAAAAGAUUAAAGAGAUAACCUCUGAUCUCAGCCAGUAUGGCCAAAUUUCCGAAACCAAUGUCUACAAUUGGUUCCAGAAUAGGCGAGCUCGAUCCAAAAGGAAGCAACAGAAUGCAGCAGCUCCCAAUAAUAAUAACAACAACAAUAAUAAUAAUAAUAAUGCUGAAUCAGAAUUCGAAACUGAUAUCGAGUCACCCAAGGACAAGAAGACUAAGCCUGAGGAAUUUCACUCCCAACACAAUCACCUAAUUCCAAGGGCUAAUGAUGAUAUUAACUUUCACAACUCUGAGCUGGGUUCUGACCUGCAUUUCUUUGAUCCACAGUCCAGUAAAGGAGAUACCAUUUUCACAUCGAGUACUGAUUUACGGCCUCCUAGAGACUUGAGUCCAUUGCCAUUUUAUGAUGGUCUCCUCUCCAAUUCAAGUGCGUAUAUUCAUUCUAUAAAGCUCUUUCCUUUGUUCUGGUUUUACACAAAUUUACACCAUUUCAUUAAUUGUGUCUUCACAUCACAAACACUGGACAUGUAUGCAUAAUACCAUAUGGUGCCAUGAAUGAAACUAAUGCAAAAGCAUUAAGUAGUGUUUGGUUUGGUGUUUUCUUUUGUAGGAAAUGAGCACUUAAAUGGAAAGAUGGAAAUGCCUGGAAGUUAUAGUCUUUAUGAGCAUGCAGAGGACUUCAACAUGACAGGGUGAUGAGGGUGGUUAGUUCAGUACCUACCGAGACCGAUAACGGUGUCAGUGGCAGUGUCAGUGUGUGUGUGUGAUGACUUAGAUUGUGAAUAGAAGAGGCACCAGGCUGUUGGGUGUUAUUAUCAAUCAAUGCCAUUGGGUAUAUAUUUACUUAGUAUAAAGAGUAAAGACUAACUUAGAAGAGUUUAUGUUUAAUGUUUUUAAUUUUUCUUUUUGAGAGAGAAGAGUGAGUUAUCAUACUCAAAUUUAAGGUGGGUGACUUCUAGAAGUGUGCCAAUUUCACUUUUGAAAAUUUGCCAGACUUUUUUUUUUUGUGUGUGUGUGUAAUGUUUUGAGGUUUGAAUUGACUGAUAAUAUUUUGUGUUAAUAGAGUGGAAAUAUUAUCAAUUA